AUGGUUCGCGUCAAGUACCGCUACCUGAUAGUGAACUAUCUGUACCCAGAACCGUCGUCCGACCAGAAACAUCCAUCCCACGAUGCCGUCCCACAACUCAUCCAGUUCCACCGCCCAACGCCAGACAAAUUCGACAGCAGGGCACUAUACCAGGCGAUAAGACAGGCAGUCACCGAACUCUUCGGAGACUACGGAAUGGGCAUGGUAGGACAAGGUCUGAAAAUCAAUUAUCAUUCUACAGCCACCUCCACCUCGAUCGUCAGAUGUCCGCAGGCGCAUUACCAGAUGGCGUGGGCUGCUCUGACGAACAUGACUGAGCUAGGCAAGCUAGGUAUACCGGUUGUAAUUAGGGUUGUCAGGGUCUCUGCGACGAUUAGGCAUGCGGAGGAGGAGAUAAUAAGACGGGCUAAGGACAUUAUUCUUCGCGCUCAAGGCGGUGAGGACACGGUUGGCGUGUCUGACAUCGUGAGGGCGGCUGCGGCUAGUAAGAGGAGGGAAGACGAGGAGAUGGUGGUUGAGGAGAGCGAUGCGAGUGAUGACGAGAGCGAAUAG